CAGUGAGUGAAUCCUCUUCAUGCUGAUUCCUCUCUUCCAGCACACCUAGUCCCAAAAUGAACUGCAGCAAGACUCCUGACUUUGUCCUCUCAGGGCUGUCCAGUGACCCAGAGGAACGGCAGUUCCUCUUUGGAUUCUUCCUGGCCCUCUACUUGCUGAGCCUCUUAGGGAACUUGCUACUGCUGCUGGCUAUUUGUGCUGACAUCCACCUCCACACUCCCAUGUACUUCUUCCUCAGCCAGCUCUCCCUGGUAGAUCUCUGCUUUACUUCCACCACAGCCCCCAAAAUGCUGGAGGAUUUGUGGACCAGCAACAGAUCCAUCUCUUUCUCUGCAUGUCUGGCUCAAUUCUAUUUCUUUGCUGUUUUUGCUAACAUGGACAAUCUGCUUUUGACUUCCAUGGCAAUCGACCGCUACACUGCCAUCUGCCAUCCUCUGCACUAUCCACUGCUAAUGACUCCUUGCAGAUGUGGGCUGCUAGUGGGUGGGUCAUGGGGAGUGGCCCACUCCAACUCUCUGAUCCAAACCGUGUUGCUAUCUCGACUGUCCUUCUAUACUAAUCAAGAGAUUCCUCACUUUUUCUGUGAUUUUGACCCACUCUUACGGCUUUCUUGCUCUGAUGCCCACCUCAAUGAGGACCUGAUGAUGGCUCUGACGGGACUUUUAGGAAUCAGCCCUCUCCUCUGCAUCAUAAGCUCUUAUACCCAUAUUUUCCAUGCUGUAGCUAGGAUUCCAUCAGCACAAGGGAAAAAGAAAGCCCUGGCCACAUGUAGCUCCCACCUCUCCAUGGUCACCCUCUUCUACUGCACAGUCUUUGCCACCUACCUGAAGCCCCCAUCAACUUAUCACUCUUCUGGGGAGCUGAUUGCUGCUGUCAUAUAUACCCUGGUAACUCCCACUCUCAGCCCUUUCAUUUAUAGUCUGAGAAAUAAGGAUGUGAAGAGUUCUUUAAAAAGAAUUUUGGGCAUAGAGAGUUUUUGGGAUUAGGAAUAAUCCCCAUCA